AUAUAUGUAUGAUUGUGAACAGAAGGCCAGCAAAAAUGCAUAAAUCGAAAUGAGAGACAGUAUGCACGGACGGAGAGCGCAGGAGCAGCGGCAAUAGCAACAAAAACAACAAAAAUCUAAAAUUGACAAGUGAUAAAUUAUAGAUUUAGUGAUUAAACAACAACAACAACACUUCAUAAAAAACAUGAUUUCUACUAACAACAAUAAUUGCUACUACACUUGAGAGCUUAUUAUGUAUAGAAAAAAUAAUAUUUUAUUACAAUAUCAUAAGAAAGUAUUUCGAGAGAUUUAAUAGAUGUGAAAGCAUCGAAAAUACGAACAAAAUCCAAAACCACCACUGCUACUACCACUUCCACUUUCUCUACUACUACUACUACUACUACUACUACUACUACUACUAAGCAGCUUCCUGCAGCAGCAAUAACAACAACAAUAGCUAUAACAAUAUAUGAAUAAGCACAAGAUGAAAAGUAGCGAAACCAGCAACAUCAACACGAACCGAAACGGCUAGAUGAGCAAUAACAACAAGAGUGCAGCAGUAACCACAGCGCCGUGCGUGGUAAUUGAAUUGAAUAUUAUCAGUUAUCAAGGCAAUAAAUACAAACCUAAUAAUAAUAAUAAUAACAUCAACACUAACGACAAAAGUACGGCAAAACAUUCAAAGGCAUUCGCGCCGACUCGAAGAUAACAAUAAAACAAGAACAACAACAACGAUUAAGUGAUAGAAGGAAGGAGUAAAUCGGGCACAUUGACUUUUAGGAUGAGGCUGUGGCGCUAUCUUUGGAAUGGAAUCACACGAUCAAAAACUGUGGACACUUCUACGAUUUACGAAACACACCUUAAACGGUCACUUAACGUUGUUGACCUUUUAGGUCUAGGUGUUGGCAGCACUCUUGGAAUUGGUGUUUAUGUUAUUAUUUGUCACGUGGCACAUCAUCAAGCUGGACCUUCCGUGGUGAUAUCUGUACUCAUAGCUGGCGUUGCAGCUCUUCUAUCCGGUUUGUGCUACAGUGAGUUUUCGGCACGACUGCCACGGGCUGGAGCGGCAUAUUUCUAUAGUUAUGUAACAGUUGGUGAACUUUGUGGCUUCGUUGUAGGAUGGAACAUUUUGUUGGAUUACAUGAUUGCUGCCGCCGCUGGAGGAAAGGUAUGGGGACAAUACCUGGAUAAUAUACUUAACAACACGAUUCAAAGAUAUCUUGACCAGAGACUAGGAUGGUCCCCUGGACCCGGGAUGGACACGCAUCCGGAUGUCAUGGCAUUGUCUAUAGUGCUGAUAGCAACAUUUGUAACAAUGAUCGGAGCAAAGGUUACAUCUGUUGUCAGCUGUGUCUGUAGUCUGCUCAAUGUAGUUGUGGUGGCCUGCAUUAUUUGCGUUGGAUUUUUUCACGUUAAUAGUCAGAAUUGGACUGCGCAUCCUGGAUUCUUCCCUGAAGGAAUAACUGGGAUUCUAGCUGGUGCAGCGACUUUAUUCGUCGCAUUUCUUGGAUUUGAUGCUGUAGCAACUACCAGUGAAGAAUGCAAAGAUCCCAGCAGAGUGGUGCCAGUCAGUAUUGUGACAACACUCAUCAUUUGCUUCGUAUUAUAUUUCGGUGUAGCCAUGGCUAUCACUCUUGCCUACCCUUGGUAUCAGCUACAAGAUCGCGCUGCUUUACCAAAGGCUUACGAAGCCCGGCAGAUAUUUGGUUCGAACUACGUUAUAGGAAUCGGUGGUAUGUUAGGCCUGUCUGCUGCUUUGUUCGGAUGCCUUUAUUCAAUAUCACGGAUAAUAUAUUCUAUGGCAGAUGACCAUAUAUUAUUCAAAUGUUUAUCAUUUGUAACUAAACUAACUAGAUCACCGGCCAUUGCAGUUUUCAUGGGGGGUCUAACCUCAGGAACAAUUGCAAUGGUUUUCAAGCUUGAAACUUUAAUCGACACGAUGGCUAUUGGAACACUGGCUGCCUACACCGUGGUUAGCAUCUCUGUCCUUUGCCUUCGGUACGAUUCUGAAAUUGUUGGACUGUAUAAAGAAUAUGAAGAUAUAAGUGACAUCAGAACAUUGCGCAUGGCAUCUACAGAUUUUAUUAAUAACACUGGAUAUAGAACUUACAAAAACUAUCGUCUAAAUAGACAUGAUCCACAUUUUUAUUCAAGCAUUGAUUCAUUUACAAAACAAGGAGAUUCUAAUUCAUAUAUUAACAAUGUUCAUCAACAGAAUGUAGAAGCUAAAGAGACAUUUGCAACACAAAAAUCCAAAUCGGUUAUCUGCACUGAAUUACAAGACACAUCUCCCAUGAUAUCCGUCAGUGGAAGUAACCACAGCACCACGUACCAACGGAUAUCGAGUAUCGUAAGCGGAAGCAGCUUCGGAAGCUUAUUUCAAUUUUCCAAUGACUGUUGUGAACCGAGCGAAAGGUCUUGGCGUAAAUUCAGUAUUUCAUUGAUUGUCUACAUAAUAUCAUCUGUAGUUCUAUGUGUGUUGACAAUUCAUGGACGUCACUAUGUCUACGCUCAAAGUUGGUGGGCAAUCAUCAUAUUGGCUGCAUCUCUCUUCACCAUGAUAACGUGCCUUGUGGUAAUCGCACGGCAACCAAAGAAUAAAAUCAAUCUGCUUGCAACAACUCCCUAUGUUCCUGUAGUUCCCCUCGCAUCUUUCACACUCAAUGCUUAUCUAAUAACGUCCUUACCACAAUCUGCUUGGUUACGGUUUGCUGUUUGGCUGGCCAUAGGUCUUUUAGUAUAUUUUGGCUAUGGCAUUCAUAAAAGUAAAGAAAGAGACCUGGAAGAUCAAGAAGUUAUUCUAUACGAAAUACCUGCCUCUGAUAGCGUCACAGAAAAUUUAACAACGUCAUAUUGAUUCCUGUAUAUUAAUUAUAUUAAAAAAGACGUUUGAAAAACAAUGUUGUCAACUAAAAAUUCUUUUACUCAUUAAAUAAAAAAUAUAGAAAGAAACGCAUAAAGGAAUACAUGCAAACUUAUACAUAGAAGCAUAUAAUCGCAGGCACACACAUACAUACAUGCAUUCAACUACAUUCUAUUUGUAUAUACGGGUGUAUAUAACUGGAUAAGCGGAGAGCAAUUUCGUUUAUUACGCUAAAACGAAAUAGAGAUAAUGCCACUGACAAAUCUAUACAUAUAAAACAAUUGAUACAAAUAUAUAUAUAUAUAUAUAUUAUAUAUAUAUAUAUAUAUAUAUAAUAUAUAUAUAUAUACACACACAAAAGAUACAUGUAAAUAUGCAUAUGCAGGUUUGUGUAUAUACACUCUUCUAUACUUAUACAUUUCCAAAUGCCAGUCUUUCUGUGAAUUUGUUUUCUCGCUGCUCACUCACGUGGUGUCUCUUUCAUACACACUCAAGCGCGCACAUGCAUGUUCAUAUACAUACGUACAUAUUGUUUAUUUCCAUAAAAGAAUUCAAGAAACAAUCCAAUGGAAAUUAAUAAACUAUUGCAGGUGUGUGUUAAAAUGUUGGCUCUGACGAGACUCUCACGAUUCUUCUGUGAAACUUUUAUAACGUAAAGAUUCACUUUUAUAUGUAUGUAGGAGUGCUGGCUGGUGCAUGUGUAUGUGUGUGUGUGUGUGUGUCCGUGUGUGAUACUUUAAGAUUUAUUAUACAGGGUAAUGGUUAAUUUUAAGACAUUUGUUAACUAAGGGUUACUAAAAUGGGAGAAUAGGAGUAACUUCGGUGUUUUUUGGCAUCUGACAGCGUACAAGAAAGCAGAAUAUUAUUGAAAUAUAUAAAAAAAAGUUUACGAAAAGGUUUGUCAAGGUCAUUGAACUGGAAUAGUCAUUAGAGAACGUAAGAGA